GAAGUGUGCGGACAAUGUUCAUUCAAGUUCAAGAAACUCCUAAUCCAAACAGUUUGAAGUUUGUUCCUGGGGAGCAAGUGUUGGAGUCUGGUACAGUGAAUUUUCCAAACUCACAGUCUGCAUUUUGUUCCCCUUUGGCAAGGUAAGAAACCAUUAAAGUUAAUAAGCCAAUGAAUUCCAACAGCAGUGUUCUCCUUAAAUCUCAGUUGGUAAGGGACUAUUCAUGGCUGGUAAGGCAAAAAAUAUGCUCCAGAGAACCACUUUCCUGGGGAGGGGGUAGUGGAGUGAGGGACAUGGCCCCACCCUAGGGGGAGCUAAGCUCUUUGAAACGUCAUUCCCUCAUUUUAAGACCUAGUUUAUGCAAAUCGGCCAUUGUUAUCUUUAGACAACAUUUUUAAACGUUUGAUCCCAAUAAUUUUACUCUGUCUUCAAUGCUGUCUUUCCAAAACGCAUGGCCCAUGCAAAGAAAAGCUGUGUAUCGUAAAGUGCUUUUUCACAUAAUUUAUUCAUUCAUUUCCUUGAUCGCCUUGGAUCACAAGUUGCAUAUUUUUUUAAAACUUCAUAUAAUAUUUAAAAUAUUAUAUGAAAACCUUCAAGCAGUGGCAGGUGAUAAGAAGUGUUGCUUUACUGGUUACUGUCUGAUAAGGAGAACACUGCAACAGGUAGAGUUUUCCUUUUUGAAAGUAGUGCAGUUAACUCUCUUUUAACUGCAGACACCUCUAUAAGAGGUACACCGGUCCACAGUUUAGGCUUAGUCCAUGUCUUUACUGUCUUAAUUUGGCUCUCUGUAAGAUGGACAUUACUCUUAGCUUGACACUUGCAGUCAACUCUCAACAUAGACACUACAGCAAAAAUUACAGGCAUAUGACUGAAAUAAACUCGCACUACAAUGUACAUGUAAUGUGCGGUUCGAAAACAAAUAUCCAUAACCCCCCAUGGAAGACUCUUUGAUUUGCCCUCCCUACCCCCGAGAAUUUCUGUUCCAGGGGGUCUUUGAUGACCCCCCCCCCAGGAAUUCCCAAAAUUUUUAAAUGGGGACUUCUCACCACCCUUGGAAAUUCAAAGUGAUUUUGGUACUUUAAAAAAAGAAAGUGAAUACUAACUCAGUUAAGAACAUACAAUAGAAUUUUAUUACAACAAAGUAAACUUUUGUUAAGCUCAUUGUUCAGGUAAACUUUUAGCUUCUUAAUCAUGUCAUUGUUGUUUUUAUGUAAGCUUGUAAACUUAAACAUUUUGAAUUGCAAAGUUUGAAAUGUCAGGGCUGUCACUAAGAUUUCAAGUAGCUGGGUAAAUACAACAAGUAGGCGGGGAAUCAAACGGCUAGGGAUUUCUUUUGGUUCUAUUUUUCUUCUAUUUUCCAAUAAAAGUAGCCGGGGGCCACUCUCUUAGUAGCCAGGGAAAAUCCCCGGGCCCCGGCUCUUAAUGACAACCCUGAAAUGUCGAUUUUCUACGAUUUUGCUCUUACUCUGAUGCAAACGUUUUGAAGAGAACUUAAGUUUCACUCACAUAAACAACUUUUCAAAUGAUAGCAAAAAGAGCAGAAACUUACAAGAUUCCUUUUCUGGUUGUUUAUUCAUUUUUAAAAUGUGGGCUUUUAGACAUUCUUUUUCUCCCUGCCUUGGAAAGCCUGAAGACUCUAGUUUAAAUAUUGGAGUGGGUGUGGGUAUUUCCUUGAUCACAAUAUGAAGUUGGUAGUAAAUUCAGCCCUCCAAAGUAUUGCAUGUAGUUUUUACAGCCUACAUUUUUUAUAUUUUUCAUAAACAUUACAUAUUAUUAACCUCACACCACAACAAGUACAAUGUUAUAUAGCCUGCGAAAACAUCCGUUUCUCCUCGCUCUUUACUGCUAGGGACGUUUCACCUGGAGGAACGUCUGCGACUCAGCAGCAGAAAUUCCAUACUGAUGAUGCAAAUCAAUGUUUACAUAAGAAAUCUGGUAGUCAUGGGGUUCCAAAUACAAAUUUGUCCAAUUUUACACGUCUUCUGGUUGAUUUUGGUAAAGUGUUGUGUUCAUCUGCCAACGAGCUCCAGCAAAACUCAAACGCUUCUUCUAGAGAAGAGUAUAUUCCACAAAUAUUGACUGUUUUGCUAGAGAUUCUUCACGUUUUCACUUGACCUUUGUGGCCUUUGUCUUUUCUCUGUCAUUCGUAAACAGUAGCUAAAACAAUGUAACUACUCCGUCAACCAAUAAGCGCUUCUGACCGGAUUUUGGACAGAUUUUACGUCAUCAGUACGGAAUUUCUGUGGCUGAGUCGCAGACGUUCCUCCUCGCGAAAUGUCCCCAGUGAUGAAGAGUGAGGAGAAACGGAUAUUUUCGCAGGCUAAAUGUUAUACAGUGCAUACAUUUUGUACGUUGAAAGAUGUCUCUCUGGUAAUUACAUGUAUAUCAAUAUAUAAAAAUGGGUAAUAUAAAUGUGGGAUUCUGUACUCGCUCUUUUUUUUAUUUAUUUUAUUUUUUUCAUUUGUGCAAACUGCAAAAAUUAAAGGUGUCUUCAUUUUUUUUUCAGGAGUCUGUUCAGAAUAACUGGUGUUCAAGGAGUAAUGUUUGGGCCUGAUUUCAUCACGGUCACAAAGGUAAAGAUUAUGUCAUUGGCCGUUUUUAUGCUAGAGGCUAGAGACAUUAAAGUCGUCUAGACAUAUUUAACAUCUGAGACAUUUAAGUCGACUGGUGUAAAAAUGGGAUGCGUAAAAUUGAAUAAUUAGCCUGAAUUUCAUCCGAUUGCUUCAAGUCGUUUUCUGUUCCCAGCGAUGUGUGAAUCGACCAGCUGUUAAUGCCGUCCAGUGACGUUACUACUACCCGAAAUUGAUUGGUUGAUUGUCUAAACGUUCGCAUAAUUAUGUGUAAUUAUGAGAAAUUUUAGCGGGAUUGCCACUUGAUAAUCAGCGGAUCACAGCCCUGGAUCACAUCGGUGGCAUGCUUGCAUGGAGUUCAAACAUUUCAAAAAUCUUUAUCGUUAACAGCAAAAUUUCCCUUUGUCUUUGAAACUGAAUUGCUAAAUUGAAUUGCAAAUGAAGAAUCAUUGUGGAGAGUUGGUAGGCUUUUCAUUUAGUGUCACAGUGAUUUUGUUUAUGUGAAGUUUCUGAGACCAAAGUCAUGUUGUCAUUCAACCUUCUUGCUAUUUUCACCAUCAAGUGUAAUGAUUCUGUGGACUCUUCCCAGUUAUCUUUAAACAAGUUGGGCGUACAGCAUUUAAUGCAUCCCAAUUCCACAAUGUCCCAUUUUAAUCGUAAUAUUGCAUAUAAGACGGAAUCCAUUAGGAAAUUGAGUAAUUUUUAUUUUCAGUGGACAAAAGCCUUGUACUACCCAAAAUUAUGAUUUCAAGUAUAUUGCAUUCUUUUUUUACACUUUUCUAGACUAGGGCUAUAAAUGUAAUAAGUUAUGUGAAAUAACUCCAAAGAAAAGGAUUUCAUUGGAGCCUGAGAAAACAAACUUCAAGUGCUUCAAGUUCUUACGCAUGAUGAUUUUCCCUGUGUUUUCUCAAUUCCUGUGAAAUUUGAAAGUUAUUUUCUGGGGCUCCCAUUAGAAGUUGUCUUUGGUGUUAUUACAGAAAACUAAUCACAUUUAUGGCCCUUGAAAAGUGCAAAAAAGAAUGCAAUAUGGCUUAAAAUAUUCUGGUACAAGGUUUUUGUCCACUGAAGAUUAAAAUUUCUUUAUUUUCGGAUGGCCUCCAUCUUAACGUCGAAGAUGUUAAAGUCAGCUGUCAAGUGUCUGAAUGAUGCACUCAAUAGAAGACAUGAAUGUUACCCUGGAUAUUAAAUGCAUCUGUGUUAUUUAUUGUUUUAUACUAGAGGUAUAGAGCCCACAUACUCACGUUUUACGCUCUUUUCAUGCACUUGCAUGAUUGCAUUAGGGAUAGCUUACAGUUGAAGUUAAUUGAGCACUAGACCGCAAAGUGGGAGGAGAUUGCCUAGUUUCAAACCGAGAGGGGCUGGGUACAAAUCAGGUUAUUGUGGUAUAAACAGCACAAGACCCACAUAAUCGGAAAGAGGACAUUGAGGUUACGAAAAAUCUGAAGUAUGGUGUUAAUAGAGCCAAUAUUGAACAAGGUACAGCUUUUUAAAAACUUGAAUAUUUAUACAUGUAAGAGAUUGGAUUGCCAGACACACCAUCCGGCCUUAGUAAAUUUUGGAGUUUUUGAAUGGCUGUAUCUCGUUCAACAUAAUUAAAUAUAAUUAUGAUGAUUCGGAGGUAGCACAUCCACUAAGUGGUUCUUCGUCUACCUGAUUCCUGGUCGAAUUGGAAUUUAGAAAUAUUGGUUUUUGAGGAGAGGGGAAAACCGGAGCACCCGGAGAAAAACCUCUCGGAGCAAAGGAGAGAACCAACAACAAACUCAACCCACAUAUGGUGUAGCUGCCGGGAUUUGAACCCGGGCCACAUUGGUGGGAGGUGAGCACUCUCACCACUGCACCAUCCCUUGCUCCCUAUAGACCCAAUAAACACUAAACUUGAGAAUGUUGCUUAUUUCAGUGUGCUAUUUCUUACUACAUGGGUCUCGUGUUGUUUAUCCCAUAAUGAUUAAUUGAAAUAAUUAACUAACUGAACUUGCUCUAAACUUAACUGCAGACUGAAGAUGAUGUGGAAUGGUCAGUAUUAAAACCAGAAAUAUUUGCCUCCAUAAUGGAUUUCUUUGCCAGUAAUGUUCCUAUCCUCACAGAAGAACAGCCUCCAAGUGACACAGGUGUGUGUCUACACAGUAUUUAAGAUAGUAUACAGCUUUCUCUUGUAUACAGUCAAACCUCCAUGACCCGGUUCCUUGAAAGAUGGUUAAGUUUGACCCAAGAUUAAGCCAAAUUUCAAGCACGGUUUUCUUGUCUAACAACAUGCUACUCAAGGUUACAAAAUACUGUUGAGCCUUUACUACGAGAUGCAGUAAUGAUAACACAAAAUGUUACCCUAACCAGUGCAUAGGAACGUAAAAAACAAAAACGCAACAAAAUGUUAAUCCUGGAUUAACACUAAUCAGCCUUUCAGGAACCGGGCCCAGGUGACACCGUGUGACCUCCUGUCGUAACUACCUUCAAUAAGCGACCACUUAACUAAAACACCAAAAUUUUCUUGGUGAAAGUCUUAUAGUGGAAACCUGCUCUUAUAAGCAAACACGACCACUUUUUAGGAUGACAGUUUAAGAAUUUCCCAUUGUUCUUAACCUCUUCUAAGCAACCAUCUGUAUGGAAAACGAUACUCACAGGUAUUGUACCCCCCAAAACAUCAAAUAAAUAAUAAAUAAUUAUUAUUUAUUCCUUUGCUAAUUAUAAUAAUGUGUCAAUCAUAUCAAUUUUACAGCUAUCGACCCUGAAGAUGAUGAAACAGUUGCAAUGAUUAAAGAGUUGCUGGAAACAAGAAUAAGGUAUUUAUUUCAAUUAACGGCCUGUUUUUUUUUUGGUGGCCUGAUUACUUACAGGGCUCAAAAUAAAGUCCAGUCAAUGUCUGGCCAAGAUGACCAUUUGUCACAUCAUAACGUUUUAAGAGGACAAGCAUCUCUUUUUAUCGUUAUGUUUCUGUCUGGUAUGUUAGUACGUUCCAGCUAUUGUCAUGUUAUUUCUAACAUUCUGAUCAGUCAGAAGAAAGAGAUCACCCAGCUAAAAUUUCAGUGGCCGGCAAUUUUCCCAGUUUUGGUAGGCUCUGUCUCCAGCCUUGAGUGUCUUGAUGCGCCUGCGGUACUGGUAAUUACCAUGCAUUGAGAAACCCAAGGCUGGUGACUGAGCGUACGUUCUUGGCUGCAUGAAAUAAUAAUUUUACUUCCCCUUGAACUUGGCAGACCUACAGUGCAAGAAGAUGGUGGUGAUAUCAUUUUUAAGGUUUGUGCUGAUAUUAUUGCAGAUUAUUUUCUUAACCCUUUAAGCCCAAAUAUCCACAUACAAAUUCUCCAGACUGAUCUGCAUACAUUUUCUUAAAGAAUAAGUUGAGAGAAUUUGAUAAGAGAUCAAAGAUUUUUCUCUUUGUGAUCAUUUUAUUAAUUCUCAUAGACUUUGCCCUUGACAAUCUAUGGAUUCUGUUAGGAGAAAAUUGAUGUUGGUCACCAUUGGGACGUAAAUGUUUAAUUCCACAUAAAUGUACAUAUAUACUGCUGAUCAAUUGUCUACAAAUGUAUUUUCAUAGUGUAAUAAUUAUUAUGCCUUUUCUUAAUUGAAACUCUCAUUUCUCACCUUAUACCAAUUUAUGCUGGUUCAAAACCAUAGCUCCCCACCGAAGCAAAAGCCCCACUAGUCAUAAUUAUAGUAUACAGGUCUAUUAGCUUGCAGCGCAGGCAUACUUUUGGGCGGGCGGAGGUUGCUUAUUUAUGUUGGUAUCAUUGGAGUCGCCGUCUUUGAUUUUGUGACAGAGGAGGACUGAGCGUUUCUCAACCCUUAUGGUUAAAAGGCUUUGAUGACUUUAAUACCGGUAUGAUAUAUCCCUAGGCUUCCUUGAACUCUCCCUUUUGUCAAAUCUGAAUGACAACUAUAUGUGCUAAACUUAGUUCCUUGGACGUGAAGGCUAUAAGGGUGGUUUAAGUUCAGUCAGAAGGAGAAAACGAGUGGAUUAGGGUAGCCGAGUAGAUUAUGUUUCAUUAUUUAACUUUUUUUGUAAUCAUUCUACAGGGAUUCCAUGAUGGUGUCGUAAAGUUGAAAUUACAGGUCGGUAUUUUCACACGGUAAUUUUAAUUUAGUGACUACGCGGUUGUAGUUUCUGAAUCUGUGGGCGGUUUGUGUAAAUGGUUAGCACCCCAUGAUUCAUUUCAUAUGUUGCCCGCUUGCGGAUUCGGUCAUGUGAUUAGUCUGAAAUGUGAGUCAUCUCCACCCCCUAACCUGUCGGGAGCGCCCCCAUGGGUAAAGGGGUGGAGACGGCUAACAUUUCAGACUAUCAUAUGAUGGAACUACAUAUUCAACCCUAUCUCUUAUACAGAAGGAGGGAGGAGCUUUUUAGUAGCUGUUUGUCAACUCAUUACUGACACAUUUCUUGCAGGGAGCGUGCUCCAGCUGCCCAAGUUCUAUCGUAACUUUAAAGAGUGGAAUAGAAAACAUGAUGCAGUUCUAUAUCCCUGAAGUGGUCUCCGUGGAACAGGUACUUUUAAACAGGUCAAACUUUGAUGCGAAUGGGCGGGGCAUUAAGCCUUAGGCAACUAUAUUGCCCGGCUGAACUUCGUUUACUGCAGUGAACACUGUCAAAUGAGUCAUAAUUAAUGGAGAGCUUUAGAUUCGAGGACGACUACGAGUACUAGAUUUUCUCAGUACUACCUAUAAGUAGUGCACACGCGUGAGCCAGCGUCAUUUUGGCGGGAAAACGUGAUAGCCGUCGUCAUUCUACUACGAAUUUAAGGGGAAAACAAGUUAUCAAAUGUUAGGAAUUUUAUCAUUUAGCGAUCGGGAGAGGGCUUAACCUCCUUCACUAUAAGUAACCGCACUAACUUUUUUGGUGAAAAACGCGGUAAAAUGAAGCUUUCCGGGGUGUCUUUUGUUUUAGAACACGCACAAAACUUUAACUUAAAUCUCGUACUCGUACCCGUUCUUGUCCGCGAAUAUAGAGCUCUCUAUUAUAACACAAACUAACUGUUGGAAAACCUAUCCACCCGUGAGGCAGAAGCCCUUUAAUUCUCCUAAACCAAUGUCUGAGGUAGACGUCGUUGAAAUAACCCACCGUAAAGGACCAGUUAACGCAAUUGUGUAGAGUUGGCCGAAAUAUUAAACCACUCUACUAGCUUUGGUCCUGUUUAAGAUCUUGUUUUCUAGUGUACGACGCGUCUUGCUACUUGAGCUUUUCCGCUUUCUUGUCCAUGAGAGUGAAUGAUUUUGUUGCUGAUUUUGUUUUAGGUUGAAGAUGAAGUGGACGAAAUAAAUAAGACAGAAUUUGAUAAACUGGAAGCCAAACUCGGCGAAAAAGACGAACCAUAGAUGACAAAAGCUGAAUUAUGGCUACUUGAAAGGUCGCGUUCACACGGGUAGCUUGCGUCGCAGACACUCUAAAGCUUCUGUAUUGAGCUAUACAAAUAGUCUAGACGAUGCGUGGGCGAGUCACACCGGAUACUUGAGGGUGUAUUUUAUCUUCAUAAAAUUAAUUUAUUUUAGAAGACCCUGAAAAAAUUAAUGAUUCUUGUCUCCUUCAAAUUGUUUAUUUCCGCACAAAAAGAGUUGUAAAUAUAAAAUAUAAAUUGAACAAAUAUUUGAAAAGUGUGGAGGUUUGCGAACAAAAACUCAAGCAAAACUAUAAACUGGAAACUAGCUGUCUUGUGUAACAGAGAAUACAAGGUGAGAGUUACCACCUCUCAAACACGGUCAAUAAUACAAUUAUGAAAUAAGAACCGAAAGCAAAGUCCACACGCUAAUGCGUUUUUGUAAACCAGACCUCCAGAUGAGGCGGCUCGCACUUCUUGUUACAAGUCCUAGUAUUGGCUGAGAAAACAAUAAGCUGAUUUAGCAACAGAACGGGAACUUC